AUGGCAGGAAAUGACUCAGAGACGGAUGGAGGGCCUCCUGAGCAGCUGCCUUUGAAUGAAGAAGAGAUGGCCGUGCUAGAGGCCUACCUUGACCAAUGGAAUUCCACUUCGGGUGAAGAGAGAAAUACAGUCUGGGGGGAUGCCACAACAGAGGCUCAGCUGAAGGCACCUGCCAUGAAUGCCAAGCUGUUGAGGUCCCGGAAGAAAGUCUACCGAAAAUGGCGGCAGAAUCAUGGAGAGAAGAAGGAUGGAAAACCUCCCAUCAAUCUAGGGAGGAAGUGGACGUACUGGUCAGUGGUAGAGUCGCUGAGGAAGAAGGAGCUGCUGAAGACAAUCGAGGAUGAGACUGGGGCGAAGCCUGGGGAACAGGGGAUGAUGAAUUAUUACGCCAGAUAUCUGACAGAAAUGGUGAAUUCUCUUACCGAGAAGGAGGUUGAGGAAGCAACCGAGAUGGCUGCGCAGUGGAACAAGCAGGGAGUUCCACCCGAGGUUCAAGCUGACACAGCAAGGUGCAAGAGCGACGAGAUUCUCCAAUAUGUAGCGAAGGAGAUAUUCAAGAAGGCCGGAAUGCGACUGUUCAUGCUUUCUGCCUGGAAGACCAAGAAAGGAAAACUCAUGGUGUCUGGCCAUGACUACAAUGACGAGGUUGGCAAAUGGGAGAGCUUCGCGAAUUCCUCUGACUGGCAGACUAUAUUGCCGGAGUGGGAAUCUUAUGCUGGCAGGCAGUUCGAUGCUGACAUCGAAGAUGAUACUGUGGUGAAGAAGGGCCGGAAGAACAAUGCAUACACCCUUGAUAUAGGUGACAAUGGAUGUCCCAUCCUUCCGGACCACGCAACCAUGGAUUCCGACACCCGGAAGGCUGUUGUCCGAGCUUUCUUGAACUGGCAUUAUCAGGACUGUAGUGGAAAACCCAAGGACCCGGUGCCUUGGAAAGAAGUCAUCCCUAGACAAGAAGAGCUUAUUCCGCCACCAUAUCUUCCCGAGGGGAGAAAAAUCUGGGAACCAUCAAGGAUGAACCGGGAUGAGGCAACCGAGUUACUGGACUUCUGGUACAACCGACAGGAGAACUGCCAGGAUAUUGUAUUUGAGUUCCAUGGGUGGUGGAGCAAAUCUGACAAGGAUAUCAAACCUCCUGUAGCAUGGAUCAAUUCAUCUGAAGUGGACGGCCGGCUGAAAAAGAAGUUGAGAGAGAAGUGCAAGGCUGCAUUGACCCGAGGAAAGCCCACAACUUGGGUGAUAGUUUCUUCCGACAACUCUGAGGGCGAAUUUGAUCAGGCAAGGGCAAAGUCGACCAAGGUGAUAAAACCGACACAGAAGUUGCAAUCUCGGGUGAACACAGAGGGCUCGGAGGACGAGUUCAAUGCGCUGGAUUCGUCUGAAGAGUCAUCCGAUGGGACCGACGAGCCUGUUAAACCGAUGAAAAGGAUAUCCGGGAGGACAGAUGCUCAGCCAAAAAGAAAAACAAAGGCGCCCCAAACUGAACAGGAUACUAGCAUGGACGACGGGAGUCAGCUGGUGCCACAGAAAAAGCCUCGUGCACAAUUUGCUGUUAUGAGCCAGGCCCAUGCUGCUGCUCCCAAGAAACAAGACAAUGCUGUUCCUCAAGAACAGUCUGGCGCACAACCGGCAGCAGUGUCCGGAGUGAGUGAAUUGUCCAGCAUUGUAGAUGGGGCGGAAACAGUAGAGCCAUCUGCUUCAAGAGCUCCGCCCACUCCUGUGGAGAAACCCAGGAGGGUCGGGCCUGCAUCCCAUCCCGGCGGUAUGGUUCGCAGUAAUCCCAAGUCAGUCGAACAACCAGCGUCUUACAAGCCUGUUAAGGAGUCGGGUUUGUAA